GUUAUAUAAUUAUUUGGGGAGAUUGGCGAAGAAAAAUUGCAUGUCUAUGUAUAUGGUAUAAGAAGAUUAAAUCUUCACCUUCUGUAGUAUGGACUGUGCUCUGGGAACUUGGGAACACAGCUUCCUAUGCCUCUCCAGGGAAUAAGGCUGUCCUCUUCUCCCUGCCGUUGUCCCUGCCUUGUCUGAAUCCUGAGCCUCAGCAGAUUCUGCACUGGGAAUCCAUUGCCUCGCCCCUUGGCUUUUCGUCCUGUAGUUGCUGAACUCUCAGCUUGCGUCUGUCUGCUAAAUGAGUUUACUAGCAUCUGUAACUGUGCGGCUAGCUCUCAUCGGCUAUUGUCUCCUUCUCCGUUCUCUUUGUUUUUAUGAAUUUAUGCCUUUAAAAAGUUUUUUAAUUCUCUUUUCUUCUCAUCUUAAGUGAGGUGUUGAUAGGAAGCUCAUGUGUUCAGCUCAUCUUGUUUCACUGAAACCUGUAGUGAGCUUUUCAUACGAAUGUAACUUGGAUCCACUUACAGAAACUUAUGGGAUUCCUUUUUACUUACAGUACCUCGCCCACUGGCCAGAGUACUUCAUUGUUGCAGAGGCCCCUGGUGGAGAGUUAAUGGGUUAUAUCAUGGGCAAAGCAGAAGGCUCGGUGGCGAGGGAAGAGUGGCAUGGGCACGUCACAGCUCUGUCUGUUGCCCCGGAAUUCCGACGCCUUGGUCUGGCUGCUAAGCUUAUGGAGUUAUUAGAGGAGAUUUCAGAAAGAAAGGGUGGAUUUUUUGUUGAUCUCUUUGUAAGAGUGUCUAACCAAGUUGCAGUCAACAUGUACAAGCAGUUAGGCUACAGUGUGUACAGGACAGUCAUAGAGUACUAUUCGGCCAGCAACGGGGAGCCCGAUGAGGAUGCUUACGAUAUGAGGAAAGCACUUUCCAGGGACACUGAGAAGAAAUCCAUCAUACCAUUACCUCAUCCUGUGAGGCCGGAAGACAUUGAAUAACCAUGAGCAGUGGUUCUUAGGCUGAUGAUGCUCCAGAUAUUUUAUGGACAAUAUUAUUUUCAUUAGAUGAUCCUGGAGCUCUAUUAGGAGAAAAGGGAAUUGUUUAGAUCUUAAAGACUUCAAGAAAAAAACAGGUUAUAAACUUGUCUUGUUUCCUAUUAGCAAUAUCAUACCUUCUAAAGCUGUCCACUGUAAUAAAAUUCAGCCAAAAAAGGCAGCUAGGUCAAAAGGAAACAUUCCACUGUUAUGGUUCAUAAUGUAAUAUUCAUGGUAUGCUAGGGAAAAAGCUUGCUCCAAUCUCCUCCUCAAUUCUGUGCCUGAGAACCACUGCUGCAUAUAUAUUUUUUAUUUUGUAUUGAACUGUUAAUUGAAGCUUUAAAAGCAUAUAUGGAAUGUGUAAAUCUAAGAUGUAUAAUAAAAUGCACUGUUGACUCGA